CGUCAAUCACCAUCAAAAGCUAGUUGUGAGAAGACUCUGUUCCACUGCGGCACUGAACAUGUGUUAGUCAGCAGUAAUACCGAAAUUCUCAAAGAAUUAAUUUUCGAACCUAACAGUGUGUUGUGUGUACGGAUUGUUCAAAACAGAAUAGUAUUGUGAAGAGCAAGCUGGAUUGAGGCAGAACAAAUUCUACUAAACUACAUGGACUUUAGGCUCAGAAAAACAGGUACAAAGGAGUUGAAUUAUGACCGUGUAGAUGAGAAGUAUGCGAGAAAGUGUCAUUUGGAUGGUAAGUGGAAAACACAGUUCUGUUAAAAAUGUGAAGAUAAGUUUUAGUGACUAGCAUAGUGGAGAUAGAAAAGGAGAAUUGGAAGUAUCUGACUGGGUAAGUUUGAAGUCCUUGCAUACAACGCAUUUAUGUAGUCUGUGUCGAUAGAAAGUGUUACUGAAGAAUGGCACUGUCGAUCACCGAAUCUGCACUACUGUCUGACGGAGAUGAGAACAAGAUGGAAACAUAAGUCAUCAACUGAACAAAUAGGCGGAAUAAAUAUGGCCUUGGUGUCUAAAACAAUCGACAAAGUUGGGUGUGAAGAAGCCACAUGGUUGGAGAAUAUGUUGACCUAAACUGAAAUGAAUGGGGUUUGAUAAGUGCUUGAACAGAUCAAUGAUAUACGAUUGAAAUGCGUAGUGAUGUAAUGCACUAAAUGUUUCUUAUUUCUAUUCCAGGUAUGAGUACCAUCCCUGAAGUGAUAUUCGCUCGUCACUGUGGAAUGAAAGUACUUGCAAUUUCAUUAGUGACAAACAUUAGUGUUUUGGACGUUGACAGUAAAGUGGUUGCAAAUGCUGAAGAAGUGUUGGAGAUGGCGAACAAACGUGCCACUCUAUUGCAGUCGUGGUUUGCCAAGAUUAUUGCCAGAUUACCAUCUGAAUAAAAGAAAUGUGCAAUGUUGAUUUUUAUAACGAGAAACUUGAAGUUUUUUACCUUGUGAUAUUUUGUACUUAUUACUUGUAGUUUAUUUUCAAGAGAAUGAAUACUUUCCUUACAAAUAUAUCUCGUUCGAAAUAUUCA